CUCAAUGUAAGCAGCUUGAAUUGCUUUGCUUCUUUCUGCUUUCGCACCGUUGCUGCUGUCCUAAGCGGUUGAUGACAUAUGUUUUCCCCAUAUCACCUUUCAAGUAACUCCAGUUCAACGACUCAACUUCAACACCUCCCUUCCAAACCACCGAGGGCUCACAAUGUCGGCACUCAUCCACGUAAACUCGAAGGAGCAAUUCAGCUCCCUUCUGGGAUCGUCCGCCAUUGUUGUAGCAGACUUUUAUGCAGACUGGUGCGGACCAUGCAAGAUGAUCGCCCCCGUCUACGAACAGCUGGCGAGGCAGCUGUCGCGUCCGAACAGAAUCACAUUCACGAAGAUCAAUGUUGACCACCAGCAGGAGCUGGCCAAGGUAUACGGUGUUACGGCGAUGCCGACUUUCAUCGUCUUCGAGAAAGGACGGCCUGUAUCUACCGUGCGCGGUGCAAACCCCAGCAAGCUAUCGGAAGUGGUCAGGAAACUUGCGUCAGAGGCGAGCAAGGCAGGGAAUGACGUUUCUGGAGAGUCGUCUGGAUCAGGCGGUGCCUGGCUCGGUGCAAACGUCCCCAAGGGAUACAGCGACGUGACGGACCAGGUUGAUGUGCAGGGGCUUGAUCUGCUGAACCGCGACACCGAGGUGGGCACCGUGAAAGCCCUGUUCGAGACGUCGAAGCCUUCCGGUCUCAAUGACAGUAAGGAAAAGGGCAAAGGCAAGGAGAAGGGGGGCGAAUCAGCGGAUUGGGUUGAGAGUGACACGGAUGAGCAACUGAUGCUCUACAUCCCGUUCCAGUCGAAGCUGAAGAUCCACUCGCUCCAUAUCACCUCUCUUCCGCCUUCUUCUGAAGAUGAAGCGCCGAUGCGGCCCAAGACGAUUCAACUGUACACCAACCGUCCACAUGUGCUUGGAUUCGAGGAGGCAGAAGACAUCACUGCGGUCCAAACGAUGGAACUCCGACCCGAGGAUUGGGACUCGAAAACCGGAACGGCCAAGGUUGAUCUGCGUUUUGUCAAGUUCCAAAACGUGACUUCGCUGGUUAUUUUCUUCGUGGAUGGGGAGGGGACCAGCGACAAGUUGCGCGUGGAUCGUAUUAGGAUCCUGGGUGAUGCUGGUGAGAAGAGGGACAUGGGCAAGUUGGAAAAGAUUGGCGAUGAGCCAGGUGAGUAAAUGAGACAUGGAGGCGUCUGGCGAGCUAGGGGAUUUACGAUUUUAAAUACAACAAGGGCGUAUUAUAAUCCAGACUACAGAUACAUCCAUAGAAGCAUGUAUUUUUUUCGAAGUUCGUUCAAGAGAUGAAAAAAAUUUAACAUUAUAAUUCCUAGAAAGAAACCGCACCCGCACUGCUGCAGGAUAGCAGAGACAAAAAAAAAGUAAUGUCCGAUCCCAAACCAAAUGGUCGUAUCCGUGAAAAGAAACCUGAACUACCGAAGCAAUCGCAGAUUCCCAAGAAAUGACCAAUAAAGUAGAACCGGCGUGCAAUUCCGUCCUUCUUCGACGCAACUGACACCUUGAGCAUCAAGAAACAAGGACACUCAGGCAACACGGGUAAGAUACGAGUCGCGUCG